UUCGGAGCAGCUGCUGAAGAGAGGCUGACGCACAGCCGAUCAGCUCGCUACAGACCGGGGGUUCAGUGGAGACAUCGGAACCUCGUACAGUGUUUAACCCGUAAACAGAGGCUCACACAGCGGGGCCGGUGAUCCGGUUCUACCGGCUGAAUGUGUUGGAACAACCGGCUGUUAAUCUGGAUACACCGACAGCGACUCCACACUUAAAGGGGGCUUGAUGGAAUUGUAUUCAUUUUUUUGCCAGGAAAGUAAACAGCUUUAAAAUGGCAACCACCGCCCGCUCCUCGCGACCGUAGCGCGAGACUCAGCAGCUGCAUGUGUCCUCGCUGGUUCCUCUAGCAGCAGAUCGGGCAUCAUGUCGGCGGCUCAGACCCAGAAGGAGAGCGGCGAGGCGGGCUGGGGCUGUCUGGAGGCUCUGGGUCUCAGUCAGAAGGACCUGGUCCUGGCCGAGGCCCUUCAGAUGGAGUACGACGCCCUCUCCAGGCUCAAGCAGGACAAGAGCGGAACCACAGAACCCAGCCAGACCGGCUCCAGAACGCCGACCCGCUCCAAGACCCCCAAUCCCACCAUCGAACGACCGCGACCCACCCCCAGCCAGCCUGUUCCUGCCCCCGCAGGAGGAGGCCUGCUGAGGGGCCUCUCUGGUUCCGACCCCUCCCUGAACCAGCCUGGAGGGUCACGUUCUCCGUACUCCAUGCCCACCAGGGCGCUGCCUCCUCAGGGAGGCGUCUUCAAAGAGUCCCCGUACAUCCUGGACAGUCCGGAGGUCAGCAAGUUCAGGGACUUCCCCGGUUCCAGCCCCGGGGACUCUCUUGGAUCCGGGUCGGGACUUCUUUCUAAGGGCUUCUUCCCCUCUCUUCCGGAUGAUGUCCCCCCCGCCCUCCCCCCAAGAAACCCCGUACCCACGUCGUCGGGGUCAGAGAACCCCUUCCUGCCCCCUCGAGCGUCCCCCGCUCCCCGCGACGUGAACCUGUUCACGCCCGACGUGGAUCCGCCCAAAGUGAGUUCAGGAGAGCUGAACUACGACAACAUCAACGACUCGCUGUCCCGACUCAACGGGAGCCGCCAGGGCCCCCGAGGUCGGCGGGCCAACGGGGACCAAUCGGGGAAGCCCGUCGCUCGGAGUAAGACCCUCCCCCCUCAAGUCCCGCCCAGGACGUAUGUACCGGUUCCCAAGAGCAACAAGAACCAACGGCGUGUCUCUGCAGACCCGGUGUCUCUGGGCUCCAGGAUGAACGGGUUUGGAUACGAACUGUUCCAGGUGUCUGAGGAGAGAGACGAGGAGGUGGCAGCUUUCUGUCACAUGCUCGACGUCUUACGCUCGGCGUACCCGCACAGCGACAGCUUGAAGAAUGGCGGCUUCGUCUGGUCUCCGUCCGUCGGUCUGGAGGAGCUGCAUCAGGGUCUGGGGGUCAGCGUGAAGGUCACGGUCAUCAGUGAGCACUUCAGAGAGCCACUCACCUUUACCUGUGAUGGUUCGUCCACGGUGGACCUGCUCAUCUAUCAGACUCUGUGUUACGCUCAGGACGAUCUGGAUCACAUGGACGUGGACGACUACCUGCUGAAGGUCUGUGGACACGACGAGUUCCUCAACAACGCUCAGACUCUGGCCGGUCUGGAGUUUGUUCAACAGUGUCUGAAGUUCGACUGGGACGUCCGACUGGUGCUCACCAAGAGAUGCUCCAUCAACACGGAGCUGUCCCGCACGAAGGGAGACGAUGAGACGUUGUCCACCAUGAACCACAACAUCCUGCUGCAGGAGCGUCCAAUCAAACAGACUGUCACCAGGGAGGCUCUGACUCUUCUGCUGGAUACUUUUCAUAAUGAAGCCGAGUACUUCCUGCUGUCAGAGGCGGAGCUGCCGCUGCACGUGGAGCGUCUCGUCCAAUCGGUGAAGGCACUCUGCAACUCGUUAGCUGCCGUGGAGACGCCCGAUGUGACCUCCGCUCUCAGCCAGCUCCCAGCAUGCCCCUGUCGUCUGCAGCCCAAAGUCCUCAAGGAUGCGUCAGUGCUCACUGUCAGAGAGAACAGAGAGAAAGUGGUGGAGAAGUUGACGGCGGCCAUCUUGGAUCUGGUAGAUCUGUACUGCAGCACGUUCAACGCCAACUUCCACACGACGGCUCAGAGUCGCUGCUGCACGGCACCGGUGCAGGAGGCCGGCCUCGUCACCAACGUGCUCUCCUUCAACGUGCACGCCGCCCACCGCAUUCCCAUCACCUGGGCCGCCAGUUACGAGGGUUUCUUCCUGUCCUGCUCUCUGACUCACGGAGGGGCGGAGCUCUGCGCGCCGCAGCACACCAGCAAACAGUCGGUCAGCAAAUACCUGUUCCACCUGGUGGUGUGGGACCAGAGGGUGUGUUUCCCGGUGCAGAUCAACCAGCUGCCCAGAGAGUCUCAGCUGACGGUGACUCUGUACGCCAGCUCUCUGCCGCCCCCCGGAGGAGCUGAGGAGAAGGGCAGGCAGCGGCGCAGCAUCGAGGCUCUGGGCUGGGUCACCAUGCCGCUCUUCAACUUCAGACAUGUGUGUGGACUGACCUGUGUGUACAAACAAAUUUCAUUUUAAAGGGUCACAAGUUCUUAUCUUGUCUCUGUGUCUCUCUCUCUCUCUCUCUCUCUCUCUCUCUCUCUGUCUGUCUCUCAGGUGGACUUCCCCACCUCGUCGUUCGAGGUCCUGUUCAGUACUCCUCCUCCGGCAGACUUCUGUCCUCAGUAUGACUUCUCUAGACUGGACACCAUCAGUCAGAUCCAGCUGCAGGACGUCCUCCACAAGAAGGCUGUCUUCUGGUUGACAGUGGAGGACAGGCGUCUUCUUUGGGAGAAGAAGGCCUUCUGUCAGUCAGAGAGUGCAGCUCUUCCUCUGGUCCUGGCCAGCGCCCCCUGCUGGGAGUGGGCCUGCCUGCCGGACAUCUACGCCCUACUGAGACAGUGGGCCUGUCUGGGUCACCAGGACGCCCUGGGACUCCUCCACGCCUCGUUUCCGGACCAGGAGCUGAGGAGGACGGCUGUUCAGUGGAUGGACUCCAUCUCAGAUCCAGAGCUACUGGACUUCCUGCCUCAGCUCGUCCAGGCUCUGAAGUACGAGUGUUACCUCGACAGCUCUCUGGUUCGGUUCCUCCUACGGAGAGCCAUCGGGGACAUUCGCAUCGCUCACUACCUCUUCUGGCUGCUGAAGGACAACCUGCAGGACAGUCAGUUCAGUGCUCGGUAUCAGCACCUUCUGGCCGCUCUGCUCUGCUGCGUCGGUCGAGGUCUCCGAGAAGAGUUCGACCGUCAGUGCUGGCUCGUCUCCGUCCUCGCCACCGUGGCACACAAAGUCAGAGACGCCUCGCCGUCCAACAGACAGUGUGUGCUCAGGGAGGGUCUGGAGGAGAUGAAGCAGUUCUUCUCAGUGAACAGCAGCUGCAGACUUCCUCUGAACCCGGCACUGCUUGUCACAGGAAUCAACAUCCAGUCGUGUUCCUUCUUCAACUCCAACGCUGUUCCUCUCAAACUGUCCUUCCAAAACCUGGACUCUGUGGGAGACAACAUCAACGUCAUCUUCAAGUCAGGAGACGACCUACGGCAGGAUAUGCUGACUCUGCAGGUGAUCCGGAUCAUGAACAAGAUCUGGAUCGAGGAGGGUCUUGACAUGAGGAUGGUCAUCUUCAAAUGUUUCUCCACCGGCAGAGGACGAGGUAUGGUGGAGAUGAUUCCUCAGGCUGACACUCUGAGGAAGAUCCAGGUGGAACAUGGGGUCACCGGGUCCUUUAAAGACCGACCGCUGGCCGACUGGCUGCAGAAAUACAACCCCACUGAUGAGCAGUAUGACAAGGCGGUGGAGAACUUCAUCUUCUCGUGUGCCGGCUGCUGCGUGGCGACCUAUAUCCUGGGAAUCUGUGACCGCCACAACGACAACAUCAUGCUGAAGACCAGCGGCCACAUGUUCCACAUCGACUUCGGGAAGUUCCUGGGACACGCACAGAUGUUCGGGAACAUCAAACGGGACCGUGCCCCCUUCGUGUUCACCUCCGACAUGGCGUACGUCAUCAACGGAGGAGACAAACCGUCGAGCCGCUUCCACGACUUUGUGGAUCUCUGCUGCGAGGCGUACAACCUGAUCAGGAAACACGCACACCUGUUCCUCAACCUGCUGGGCCUGAUGUUGUCCUGUGGGAUCCCUGAACUGUCUGAUCUGGAUGAUCUGAAGUACGUCUACGAUGCGCUGAGACCUCACGAGUCUGAGGCCGACGCCACCAUGUACUUCACCAGGCUGAUAGAGUCCAGUCUGGGCAGCGUCGCCACCAAACUCAACUUCUUCAUCCACAACCUGGCCCAGAUGAAGUUCGCCUCCUCCGAGGAUCGGCCCACGCUGUCCUUCGCUCCCAGAGUCCACACGGCGAAGAGCGACGGCCUCAUCAGGAACCUCUACAUCUGCCGACACAUCAGGGCCGCCAGCGCCGGCAAGGCAUACUCGUUUGUAGUGAAGGUGGAGCGUGAGGGUCAGCAGGAGGCGCUGCUGGUUCAGAGGACGUUUGAAGAGUUUCAUGAACUUCACAGCAAACUGAGACUCAUCUUCCCCUCAUCCAAACUACCCAGUUUCCCGAGCCGCCUUGUGAUCAGUCGUUCCCGUGGAGAGGCGACGGCUGACCGGAGGAAGGACGAGCUGAACGGUUACGUGUGGCACCUGAUCCACGCCGCCCCGGAGGUCGCUCAGUGCGACCUCGUCUACACCUUCUUCCACCCGCUGCCCCGAGACGAGAGACCCGGACCGACGGCCACCAAACCAGCAGAGCUCACGUGGUCUCCAGCUGCAGGCAAAGAGCUCGGCGAGGUCAAACUGUCGAUCUCCUACAAGAACGACAAGCUCUUCAUCAUGGUGAUGCACAUACGAGGCCUGCAGCCCCUGCAGGACGGCACAGACCCGGACCCCUACGUGAAGCUGUACCUCCUCCCAGACCCGCAGAAGACCAGCAAGAGGAAGACCAAGGCGGCUCGACGCACCUGUAACCCGACCUACAACGAGAUGCUGGUGUACGAGCGGAUCCCCCGGGGGGACCUGGACCAGAGGGUGAUCCACCUGCGGGUCCUCGGUGACGGGUCUUUCUGGGAGAACACCCUGCUGGGCGAGACCUUCAUCCCUCUGAAGACGCUGGUCCCGGGUCAGCACUGGGUGGACUGGCACCAGCUGGGCGCCGCCGGCUCAGACUCCGCCCACUGACGGACCGGGAAGCGGUGGAUUUAAAAAGGGAGAGAAGAAGAGAACCAGUUCUCCUCAGGAGGACGGAAGAAGAAAAAAGGAAAGUCCUUUCAAAGUAAAAGCCGUGUGGCUGAUCCUCCCUCUGUGUGUGAGGGAGUUUAAGGUUAAAGCAGCAGUUUAACUUCACUAAUGUCAUUUUUAGAAUGUUUGGUUUGUUUUAAAGACAAAAUCUGAACUUUUAUUGAAAAUUAUUUGAAUUUAUUUUCAUGAUCAGGUCCUUUUUAAACUUUAAAAAUGUCUGGUGAUGUGAUUACAAACAAACUGAACAAUGAAGUCACUUAAAAGUUAAACUAACUCACUAGUUCUUCUGUUAGCUUCAGAUUCAAUGAACAAUUAAUGGAAUCAUUUCUCUCACUGAAAGAAGAAAAACGGAUGAGAAGUUAAAGAUUAAUAUAAUGAUGAUUACAAUUAAAAUAUUUAGUUUCUCACACACACACACACACAGGUGCAUGCUGGGAAAUUAAGACGUUUAUCAGCAGAAACAAAAGUUCAGAAGUUGGUUCACAUUUCACACAUUUUUUUUUAAUUGUCUCACUUUAAUACUGUUUGAUUUCUGCAGAAAUGAUGAAAUACUGAAUCGUACCAGAGAGAUCAUUUGUGGCCAGUCGAGUCAUUUUUCUUUUCGAGCUGCAUUUAAAGAAUAUUCCAGAGACCGUUUAGUUUUUUGCAGCUUUUAGUGUCCUGAAAAUAAAACCCCUCAAACGUUCGCUGGGCUUCAGUGGUAGAGACGUUUAAACUUUGUGUCUGUACGAGCAGAGCUUUAGCCUCAAUGUUGCUAACAGCAUAUUUUUAUAGUGAGGACGAUUUCAUUUUUCUAUCUGUGGUGCACGAGAGAGAAAGAUCCUGUUUGUCUCUCCGGCUCUUUGUUUCCACAUUUCAUACCUUAAUAUUUUUUUUUAUCCUGUGAUUUUGUACUUUUUGUUGUUUUUUGGGGGGGGGGGGGGGGUUAAGCGACCUCUCUGGAUUCCUGAUAAUCCGGCUGCAGUGAAUCUAAAGGGAGCCGAGUUUGUCUCCUGCUGGUUGUUUCUGCGCCGUAGACAAACUGAAGGAGGUGAAGCCUGCAGGAAACAAACUCCACCGAUCUGCUCAGCACUCGCUUCCAAAUGUGAAAACCUUGAAUCUCAGCAUUCUGAGAGAAGCCAUGUUUCUUUUUUCUCACAUAUUUGAGGUGAAUCGAGCCCCAUUGACACUGAACUCGUAUCACCAGGAAGGUCUUCUGUGAUCUUAAUCCCGUGCAAAUCUGCCAUGUCAACUUUCCUUCUAAGUCGUUAGUCAGUCAAGUUAACAUCAACCGCACUCUUUUCCUAACUCUCACUCUGUGAAGCCGGAAGUUUAUUGUGAAAGGACACUGUGCAUGUAACGCGUUAAUGUUGACAUGCCGUCCCUGAGGCGUCCUGGAGUCACUCUGGUAAUACUCGUCCUGUGCAAAUAGGAGCUUUCUUUAUAUGUUUGACCCUGACGCUCUCCUGUCGUUCUUUUAAAUGGAUCCAAUCAAUCAAUAUUGAUCACAUCAGAGCUGCAGACGUUUGAGCCGCUGGUUGUAUUCGGUCACUGUCGCCCAAUCGGUCAGUCGAUCCACAACUAUUUAGAUAAUCAAGUAAUCUUUCAUGUAACGAUGGCAGAGAAAGCAGAAUUCUGCCUCUCAGAUGUUGUGGAGAUGUCCUAUUAAACUGAACAUCUUUGAGAUAAAACGAGACAUUUAAAUGCCUCAGUUUAGAGGAACUGUGAUGGACAUUUCUUCACCAUUUUAGACCAAAACUAUGAAUUGAUGAAUCUAGAUUAUAAUCUGCAGAUUAAUUAUUAAGAAAUAAAUAAAAAUACUUGUUGCAGUCCUGGUUUCAAAAAAAAUACUUUAAAUUACAGGUGGUGUGAACAUGAGAUAUACUCAGACAGAAAAGUGGAUUUAGUGUGAGGUGGUUUAAAUCAUCGCCUCUGUUUAAAAAGGGCCGUUUUUUAGAUAGUUUGGUAAAGCUGUUGACAUGGUGACGAGAGUGAUGUGCAGUGAAGGUGGCGACACACUGAGGAGACAGGAAACAGGAGCAGAAUGUAAGUUCACAGUGAACUGAUCUUUAAGUACUGUACAGACUCAACUUAAUAAUAAAUGUGAUUAGGUUCUUUUCCACGGCAGCGUAGUCCGAUUUUAGAAGCUCUUUAUGAUUAAUGUGUAUUAAUUUUAUUCUGAACAUGUUUUGUAUUAUUUGCACUACAAAAUAAACUUGAAUUGAAGAAAAAAA